GCGAGAACAACAGGUAACAGAUGAUAAGAAUAACAGACGAAAGUCAAAAAGACAUGAAGACUGCUUGUUGGGUUGCCCUUGUCUCUGUUCUUUACCUUUCCGUGUCAGCUACGUCUUCAACUCCGGUUUCAAUACCUUCUCAACUUCAGAAAAUAGCUCAACUGGUCAUCCCUUACAUCAACAAGGCCCGUGGCUACACAUUGCUACAACCUAACACAAACAGGUUUACUGUGCAGUCCAGUGAUUCAAACCCUCACACUAGCGUAAAAGAAGACGAAGACGAAAAAAACCUUCUACCUGAUAAAGGCAUCACAGACUUUGAAGACGGAGAUUUAGACAAUUUACAAGCACCAUCUCACAGAUUUGAUGAUUAUGGCCACCUGAGAUUUGGAAGAAGUGGUCCGGCAGAAAAAACUGAUGACUAUGGCUACAUGAGAUUUGGAAAAUAAUAUAAAUUUUUCUUUCACUAAUUCUACACUAAAGAAAUCACUAUUGAACAAUAAAAUGAUACAGAAAUCUCAAUUACUUUUUGAAUAUCAUAAAAUUAUGUAUUACGCAAACAAAAAUAA